UCACUCUAUCUCACACUGGCUUCAGUUAAAGUAGAUAGAGAGAGAGAGAGAGAGAGAGAGGGAAUUCUGGUGUUUUCUAUGGUUAAAGCAGGUUUGUUUAUAGCUCAAUCCUACUGUCACAGUUUCCUCUUUUCCUCUCCUCCUCCUCCUCCUCCUCCUCCUCCUCACUUCUUCUCCUAGCCUCCUUCUUAUCCUUCAACAGUUUCUAGCUAAUAAUAUUAUUCCUAAUAUUCUGGGCAUAUUUCUCAUCUGGGUUUUGCUGGAAUUUCUUGAUUUCAAUCGGGAUAUGAGUAGUUGUUUGCAGCCGAGAGAAACAAGAUAACAUAUAUAUCUUUCCGUACUUGGUAAGAUCAAUGAAUAAGACUACUGUGGGCUCCAUCACCACUUCUGCAGAUCUCAUCGAUGCCAAGCUCGAAGAGCAUCAGAUGUGUGGAUCCAAGCACUGCCCUGGCUGCGGCCACAAGCUCCAAGCCAACAAGCCGGAUUGGUUAGGUCUACCUGCUGGAGUGAAAUUUGAUCCUACAGACCAAGAAUUGAUAGAACACCUUGAAGCAAAAGUAGAAGCCAAAGACAUGAAAUCUCACCCUUUGAUUGACGAGUUUAUCCCUACUAUUGAAGGAGAAGAUGGGAUUUGUUAUACCCAUCCUGAAAAACUUCCAGGGGUCACAAGAGAUGGGUUGAGCAGGCAUUUCUUCCACAGACCAUCGAAAGCUUACACGACCGGAACAAGAAAGAGAAGAAAAAUUCAAACCGAAUGCGACAUGCAAGGGGGAGAGACACGGUGGCACAAGACAGGAAAAACCAGGCCUGUAAUGGUGAAUGGGAAGCAAAAGGGUUGCAAGAAAAUCUUAGUUCUCUACACAAAUUUUGGGAAAAACCGAAAACCAGAAAAGACCAACUGGGUGAUGCACCAAUACCACCUCGGACAGAACGAAGAAGAGAAAGAAGGCGAGCUUGUGGUUUCCAAGAUAUUUUAUCAGACUCAGCCUAGGCAAUGCAACUGGUCUGAUCGGAGUGCAACCACCGGCGAAGGAAGCACCGAGCCUAGUAGCGGCCGGAGAGACAGUACUGGGAGUGGGAGUUGUUCUUCCGGCCGGGAGAAUAUUAUUCCCCAGAGAGAUGACGUUGUGUCUCCUGCUGGGGUUGCUCCGAUUUCUGGUUACAAUGCCAUGGACAUUCAACACUUCAAAUCUGACCAUUUUAGCUUUGCCCCUUUCAGAAAAAGCUUUGACGAGGUGGGGAUAGGAGGAGAGGCUUCGACGGCAAGGGAAGCCCCAGCAUCGAUAUCAGGCACGUGCGAAGAGAUGCGGGAUCACCAGCGGCCACAUCAUAUGGCCCAUGAACAUCAUCAUCAUCAUCAGCAGCAGCAACAUCAGCAUCCACAUCAUCAGUUGGCGACCACUGCCUUCCACAUCAGCAGGCCUUCACAUCCCAUUUCCACCAUCAUCUCUCCGCCUCCCCUCCACCACACCUCCAUUAUUCUCGAUCAAGACUCCUUCCACGUCUCCAGAAUAAUGCUCCAAAAUGAAAAUUUCCAGCAGCAGCAGCAACAACAACAACAGCAACAGCAGCAGCAGCAUCAUAAACUAGGGGCAAGGUCUGCAUCUGGCUUGGAGGAACUCAUAAUGGGUUGCACUUCAACUAAUGUCAAAGAGGAAUCAUCCAUCCCAAACCCUCAAGAGGCAGAAUGGUUGAAGUAUUCGUCCUUCUGGCCAGACCCUGACAAUCCGGAUCAUCAUGGGUAGGAGGAAAAAACAAUAGAGAAUAAACACCACCCUCACAGACAACAUCAUUAUAGUCAUCAUUAGUAUGAAACCUUCCUGAUCAUGUUCUUUUCGACAUGAGGCCAAGAAACCAUCCAUUAAUGUUUGGUCAUUUUCUUUCUUUCUUUCUUUCUUUCUUUCUUUUUUCCCGGGGGUCUGCAGGCUAGCUAAGCUCUGAUGGCUCUCAACCGAACUAACUGUGCAACAGUACUCCAUGUUGGAAAGAAAGAGAGAAAGAACAAAAGGAAAAAAACAAAGAAAAGGAAAAGAAACCCAAGAAAGGCUGCAUUCUCUUCUGACAAAUAGAAGGAGAACCAAAGACCCAAAAGAUAUCCAUUCGCAUGAAAAUCAUCACCAUUAUCAUUACAAUAUCAUCUUUAUGGCUAUUCUUAAUUAUUAUUUUAUUAUUUUUAAGAGCUUGUAUAAUUUCUCUUUCUUCUUCUUUACAAAGAAAAUACCAAAGAGCUUGUGCAAAUUGCAACAAAUACUUUGUUAA